AUGGCCAAAUACGUGGAAACCCCGCCACCUCCUCCACCUCCGGCCAAUGAAUUUCACCCUGCCCUUACAGUUAACAACAUUAAGAAUGCUAUUCCCCUAAUUCUCAAUUAUGAGAAUGUGCAGUACUCUAAUUGGGUUGAAUUAUUUGAAAAUCAUGCUUGUGCUUACAAUGUUCUUGAUCACAUCGACUUAAAGACGCCUCGACCUUCUGAUAUUUCGGACCCCUUAUGGACAAGACUUGAUGCCAUUGUCAAACAAUGGAUUUAUGGGACUAUUUCCGUCGAUCUUUUAACAACGAUCUUAUCACUGAAGGCCACAACACAGCAAAUAUGGGAUCGCAUCAAGGAAAUCUUUCAAGACAAUAAAAGCACAAGAGCGGUGUACCUUGAAAAUCAAUUCAAUGCUAUUCAUGUUGAAAGUUUUCCCAAUGUUACUGCUUAUUGCCAACAAUUGAAAAGCAUCUCCGAUCAACUUGCGAAUGUAGAUCAACCAGUUUCAGAUCAGAAACUUGUCCUUCGAUUGGUGGCCGGAUUGUCAAAAUCCGAUUACGAUACAGUGGCAACCAUGAUUGCGCAAACCGACCCACUACCGUCUUUUAAUAAUGCCUGUUCUCGUCUCCUCCUUGAAAAGACACGCCGGAACACCGAGUCUACUCCGGCGCCAUCAUCGUUUGUUGCACAACAACAGGUUUCGAGUUCUUCUGAUUCGGCUCAGCAACAACAACAAUCAACCACCGCCGGCAAGGGUGGCGGCGGCGCAUGA